AUGCUGAUUAAAAAUCAGAUUAAGUGUACAUUAUGGGAUGAGCAUGUGGAUCAACUAACUCCUUAUUUCCAAAUUGUUGCAUCUGAUCCAGUUAUACUUCUCAUUCAACUUUGUAGGGCCAAGUUUAUGGACAGUGACUACACCCCUUUGAGGUGUAUAGAAUCUGGUUCUAGGCUUGAUGUUGGUUUCCCUACUAAUGGCCUGCAUCCUAAUGAUAUUUUGGUUACUCCUAUUGAAGAUAUUUACUUGAAAAAACAGCAUAAAAGAGAUGACCUAGAUAUUUUUUUUUUUGUGCACCAGUUGGGGGAGUAUUGGGUUGCAGGCAGAAUUGUUGGCGUAGAGAGUAUAAGUGAUUGGUAUUUCAUUUCUUGCAAGACUAAUUCUUGCAAGAAGAAGCUUGCUGAACAAGGUGGCAUGAUGUACUGUGGUGGGUGUAAGAAUUCUUGGCAUGAAGGAAUUGUGAGGUAUAGGUUGAUUGUCCGUGUGGCGGACCACACUGGAGAUGCCCCUAUGCUGAUAUUGGAUCGUGAAUGUGCAGAUUUGGUUGGUAUGUCAGCGGCUGAGUUAAAGGCUAAGUACCCUGAGGGAAAUAAUUGUAUUCCACCUGAACUUGGUCGCUUGCGUGGGAUGUCUAUGGUUUUCCGUAUUGUUAUGAAGAAGGAACAGGUGGAGAGCUACUAUUCUGCCUUUACGGUUCUAAGGAUUUGCAGGGAUGAGCCAUUAGUUACACAACACUGCUCAGGUUUUCUAGGUGCCCCUUCUGCUGAAAUGGUUCCAGGUCAUGUCGGAGGUUCUUUGGAUGUUGGAUGUAACUCUGAGCAACAGUUUGGCAGUGAUGAAGAGGAGUUUUUUGGAGUGGAGGAUGUCUCUGAUGGUGUGGAAGAUGAUAUCACUGUUGGUUUGGAUGACAUUUCUGAAGAUUUAGGGGAUGAGCAUGCUGCUGAUGCUGUUAAGGGAUCUAUGAUCAAAGAUUUGGUUACUGCUGGUGGUUCUAACAAAACUAAGGAUAAGGGUGUUGCUGAUUUGGAAAGUGAACAUGUGGGUGUUCCUCUUAAGAGAUCUCUGCUGAAAGAGUUUGGUAUGUCUGGUAGCAUAAAGAAAGCUAAGGAGGUGGUGGUGAAGCAGGAAAAGUAAUGGAAAUUUCUUUAUUUAGAAAUAGGUUGUACUAAUACUAAGCUGGUAAGUGGGUUUUGUGUGCUAAAUUCUACCAAACUGAUGGUUAUGCCUAGAAAACUGCAGCUUUUUGUAAUGUACUGUUAGCCAGUGGAUUGUGUCAUUGUGUGUAGUGU